GUUCAUUCAAAAUUUUCUAUAAAGGCCUUCUGAUAUCCUCAUUGCUCUUUGGUUAAUUAGAGGUGGGAAAAUGGCAAAAGCUGGUGCUUUUAUUUGUCUGCUGAUUGUUACUCUAGAUUUUGCUGCUGGUUUUCUCAGCAUCCAAGCACACAUUACCAAAGACAAGCCAAAUAAUAAAGCCUUCAAGCUUGGGUUGAUAGCAGUUGUUCUACUAGCUUCAUCCCAUAUCUUCACAAAAUUGCUUGGUGGCUGUAUGUGUAUGUGCUGCACUGAAAAGCUUGAGAAGUCAUCUGCUAACAGGAAAUUCUGGUUCGGCUGUCUCGUUCUUUCCUGGAUUGUAGUGGCAGUCGGAUUUCCAUCACUGGUAGUAGGAAUGAUGGAGAAUGCCAAAUUAAAAGGGUCAUGCCUGGUUUUGCAUCACUAUUUUCUAUUUGUAGGAGGGAUACUGUGCUUUGUUCAUGGAAUUUUAAGUGUUGGAUUAUAUAUUUCUGCAAAUGUAAGCUUUCAAAAUGAAGUAGCCGUCGGCUAGAAGGAUAUGUUCAAUAUAUAUUAAAGCUCGGAUCAUUGUACUCGUAUGAGAGCGAUUUUAUGUUAUUUUUGUAUGGAGCUGCAAACUCAAACUGGGGCUCCCAUUGAUGACGGAACUCCAAACCUUUUGUCUUUUAAAAAAAAAAAAUUGUUUCCUGUCUCUGGAAAUCGCUUAAGGUGUUAACCAGUGAAACUAGGGUUUGAAAAAGUAUUCAGAUUUCA